CUCCAACACCCAAGACUGCGCCAUGAGCAAGUUGGAUCGCGCUGUCUACGAUCGCUACAUGUCCCUCGACACGGGCUCGUAUAUCCAAGCCGAAUACAUCUGGAUCGGUGGCUCGGGUGAAGACCUCCGCUGCAAGACCCGUACCCUCGACAAGGCCCCUAAGUCUGUAGAAGACUUGCCGUACUGGAACUUUGACGGAUCCUCCACGAACCAAGCCCCUGGCCAAGACUCGGAGGUGCUCUUGAAGCCCGCUGCGAUCUUUAAGGAUCCUUUUCGCGGUGGCAACCACAUCUUGGUCUUGUGCGACUGCUACAAGCCGGACGGCACGCCCAUUCCCUCGAACACUCGCCACGAUGCCCUGCGCGUCAUGAAGGCGUCGGCUGCUCACGAACCUUGGUUUGGUAUUGAGCAAGAAUACACCUUGUUCGAAGCCGAUAAGGUCACUCCCUACGGCUGGCCGCAGGGCGGUUACCCUGGUCCCCAAGGCCCGUACUAUUGCGGUGCUGGUGCCCACUCUGCGUUCGGUCGACUGAUUGUCGACGCCCACUACCGUGCGUGCUUGUACGCCGGCAUUCGCAUCUCUGGCAUCAACGCCGAAGUCAUGCCUGGCCAAUGGGAAUACCAAGUUGGCCCUUGCACAGGCAUUGCGGCGGGUGACGAAAUGUGGAUCUCGCGCUAUAUCUUGCUCCGUGUCUGCGAAGAUUUCGGCGUUAUUGUUUCCUUUGACCCGAAGCCCAUCCCGGGUGACUGGAACGGUGCUGGCUGCCACACCAACGUGAGCACCAAGGCCAUGCGUGAAAACGGCGGCAUUGCCCACAUCAUCGAAGCUUUGGAGAAGCUGAAGUUGAAGCACAAGGAACACAUCGCCGCGUACGGUGCCGGCAACGAGCGCCGCCUGACUGGCCGCCACGAAACCGCUAGCAUUGACAAGUUUUCGUACGGCGUUGCCGACCGAGGUGCGUCGAUCCGCAUUCCCCGCUCUACGGAAGCCGACGGCAAGGGCUAUUUCGAAGACCGCCGCCCGGCCUCCAACAUGGACCCGUACACGGUGACGUCGCGCAUUCUUAAGACGAUCAUCUUGGACGAAGCUUAAGGUUUCGGCGCGGUCGAAGUAGUUAGGGCAUGUCGUCGACAAUCUGGCGUGCUGUGUGUUUGCUAAAGAAGCAACCCUUUUAUUUGCGCA